AUGUGUGCCAUUUAUUUAAUUAUUUAUUACAAUUCCAAAAAAGUUAUUCAUUUUUCCGUUGAAAUCGGGCGUGAAAUUGUUUGCAAAACGUUUGAGAGCUCAACGCUGUUGAACUCUAACUCAGAACUUGACAAAGCGUUCAAGUCACCACCAGUAAUUUUGGAAACACAUUUCGGAUUGGGAAACCAACUGUUUCAAUAUGCAGCUGCGUAUUCGAUAGCCAGGAAAAGGAAUUCAGAUUUGUAUAUUUGCGUAGAAAAUGGAAAUGUUCAUCUGACCAAGAAUGCACCAAUUUCAAUGAUGUUCGAUCCAUGGGACAGAACAUAUGGUCUAGGAAGAUUCAAAAUACCGCACGAUAAAAUUCUGAUUAAACCUGACAAAAAUACCACUUGCGAAUCGUUGGUAUCAGCUCCAAAUCAUCUACCAUCAUUCACGGCAACCGACGAGGCCGUGGUGAAGUGUGAAAUUCCCGUUGACAGAAUUGUGAAAGUGAAUGGAUACUUUGAAUCGGAGAUAUUCUUCAAUGAAUACAAGGAGGAGUUACUGAACAUGUUUGUUCUGAACGAUGAGGCGAAAAUGGAACGAGAUACAAAAGAAUCUCUCAAGCAAAUUAGAGAAACAGAAAGUGUUUGUGUUCAUGUGAGAAAAAGAGAUUUUGACAUUGGCCACGAUCGGAGAUUACCAUCUUCGUAUUAUUCGGAAGCAAUGGCUUUAAUGGAUGAAAAAUUGGCAGACUUACCGAACAUUGAAUCGAAUCGGACUUUUUUCAUUUUUUCCGAUGAUAUUGAGGAAGUCAGACAAAAUUUCCAAGAGGGACCCAUCGCCAGAGGCAAAUAUCGCAUGGUGUUUGUGUCGAAUCAAGAUUACUCCCGGUAUCACGACCUGUUCCUGAUGACCAAAUGCAGACAUUCGAUUAUGUCGAAUAGUACGUUCAGUUGGUGGGCGGCUUAUUUAAAUCGAUACAAGGAUAAGAUAGUUAUAGCUCCCCUUCCGAAAUUCAAAGACUCUUACAACUUCUGGAAUCAUCCGUAUGCUAGACUAGUGAAGAAUCUACAAUAUUACUGGUCGUAUCCUAUGUCCUAUCUCGUCAUUCAACCUAAGUUUGCUUAA